AUGGAUAUUGAUACAACUGCCGAUUUCAAAGCACGACUGCAAACUAUGAUUGCUUAUCAAGAUAUACUUAUAAAAAAUAAUUUAUUAGCACAAAGUUCUUGUGAUCAAGAAUUUAGUACUUUGUUAAUCUUUCACAAUGAUCUACGUCGUAAAUAUGCUGAUUUACGUUCACAAACUGAUCAAUUGGAUCGAUAUAUUGAACACUACCGAGCAGAAUCAGAACGCAAAGAUAAAAAAAUUCAAUCUCAAAGUUCACAAAUUCUUCGAUUAACUCAACAUAACAAACGAAACAAUGAACGUCUUACUGAAUUACAACGAUGGUUCGAUCGAGUAAAAGAUUCAAUAACCGAACAGAGUACUUAUAAUAAACUAUAUGACAUACUUCGGAAUUCUCAUAUGUCUGAAGGAGAAACAACAGCUGAUCUAUCGGACAGAUAUUGUACUGGAGAUGAACUUGAUGUUGAUUAUUCUCAUAUGCCUAAAGUUGUUAGCCAAUCCGCCGGUAUCGGUGAAAUAAAAAGACUCACUGAUACAAAUGAUAUUGAUUUAAAACUCCAUAAAUCUCUUGUGAAUAUUUCAACAAGCAACGAUAGAAAUGUGAACAAAAAUAAACUGGAAUCUAAUCAGUUACGUACGUCACCAAUUCCUGUAUCAUCGCGAAAGUCUCUGUCGAUUCAUCAAAGACCAAAACAAAGGAUACGAAAACCAUCAAAAGAAUUUCUAAAUACGAAAUCAGAAGAAUUAGAAUUAAGUAUCGAUGAUCAAUUUUGGUCAAAACAUAUCGAAGGCCAUCAUGAACAAAAAUCUCUAUCACCUAUCAAUUCAGCAUUACCAAAAUUAAUCAGCCCAACAAUAGAACAGAAAACUUUAACACCAUCAACACUAGCAUCAAAUUUUAAUAGUAACUCAAGUCCAUCUAAUAUUACUAAAUUACAUUCCAGAGGUCACAAUUUUAUUUCAAGAAAUAUCCUCAUACCAGAAACAUGCUGUGUUUGUCUUAAACGUAUUCAUUUCGGUAAAUUAGCUUAUCGUUGUCAAGCAUGCAACGCUUUAUGUCAUACGGGCUGUAAGGAAAAUUGCACAACCCUCUGUUUACCAAAUGUAAAAACACCGAAUCGUGGUGCUGUGUGCAAAUUUAGUCCACGUGAACCAAAUCAAUUGCAAAUACCGGCUUUACUCGUGCAUUGUAUUAAUGAAAUAGAACAACGUGGAUUACAAGAAAUUGGACUUUAUCGAUUGAAUGUUAUUGAAAGUCAAGCAAAAGAACUUAAAGAUCGUAUACUUAAAUCUCGUACAGGUUUAUUUGAUCUAUCACAUUACAACGAUAUACAUUUGAUAUGUGGUGUUGUCAAAGAUUUUCUUCGUUCAUUAUCUGAAUCUUUAUUAACCGAUGCUCUAUGGAAAUCAUUCGCAUCUGCUGUCGACGAAGAAUUCGAUUCAAUAAAACAUCAAAAGUUUGAUUCACUUAUUCAUCAAUUACCAAAACCAAAUCGUGAUACAUUAGCAUUUAUUAUUCUUCAUCUACAGCGUGUGUCGACAUCGGCAAUUUGUCGAAUGCCGAUAUUAAAUUUAAGCCGAACAAUGGGUCCAUCUGUUAUUGGCUAUUCAUCAAAACAUGUAUCCGGUAUUGAUCUUGUUAGUGAAACAUAUAAACAGACAAAACUACUUGAAUUUUUUCUUCAAAUGCCAUCGAGUUAUUGGAGUAAAUUUCUUGAAAUUAAUAAUUCUAAUAUGUCAACAACACCGAUUACUAAAGAUCAAAUUGGUACACCUGUUCUUAUACGUCAAUUUCAUUUUCAAAAUACACCAACAAUAAAUUAUCCAGCUCCUUCAACGACAUUUUUUUCUCCCAUAUAA